CGUCACGGUUCGCUACCUGGCUGGCCACUUCACGCCUACGCUCUACGACACCCUACAAGUUGAGGUCUCUGCUACUGGCGUGACAUUCCUGUCUGUCUACCUUCACUAGGACUACGUAGAGUGUAGGCUGAAUUCGCAAGGUCAAGCUAACUGCGAAGAACGCGGCCUCCGACUCCGAGCCCGAGUCCAGCUCAGUGCUCCAGCAAAUGGCCGAGGCGCAACAUGAACGCCAGCCUUUAUUGCAUGCGCACGACGUGGAUGCGACCGAAGUCUAUCCUAUAAUUCUCAUGGUUCCACCGGAUUUGACGUACACCCUUGUGCGUCCGCUCGAAGAGAAAUACAGCGGCUACCAGCGCGCAGGAAACCUCUCCAUUGUCUUCUGUCUGCUCGUGAACUGCGUCUACUUCCGGCGGGACGACCACCUCAUGACCGCUGCGCUGUCUCGCACACGCGCCAUGCUCUGCGAGAUUCUGGCCAUUCGCGCACUGGGGUCACAUGCGCACAACAUGCUGGAGCUCGCGCUGGCCAUUACGACGAGCUGGCCAGUCUACUCUGGCGCACCGCCGGAACUGAUCGAGCGUGCGAGAGAGGAACGGGACGACGAUUUGGAGGAGAGAAUCGGAAACGCCAUCGAGAUGGCGAUUUUGGCACAGGCAAAGCGCUUCACAAAUAGCUCAGCUUGCCAAAAGGUCAUUGAUGGCAUAUGGAGCGGUAAGAUUGUCUAUCAAGCGGAUAGUAGUCGCUCUAUUUUGUCCGACACAUACAAACGCACUCCGAUACACUUCUAUGACCCCCACAAAGCACCGCUACUAGAUCACUAUCGUCUGAAAGUGCCCGCAGUGCGCUCGGUUCUGGAACUGACAAAUUUCCUUAUCCUAUUCAUUCUAUUCGUCGUUGCACUGGAAUUCAACGAGCGAGAUGGCAUCAACAUCGCUGAGGGCAUAUUUAUGAUAUACGCGCUUGGCUUCACGCUUGAGAAGAUUGCAGCAAUGCAGGAGCAUGGAAUCAAGGUGUACUUCAAGGGAACUUGGAACGGCUUUGAUCUGGCCUUCGUGACGCUCUAUUGCACGUACGCCAUUCUGAGAUGUGUAGGCAUUUACCACCAUCACACUUGGUCAGCAUUAGCAGGCAUGGACUUUCUGGCCAUUAUUGCCGUCCUCAUGUUCCCAAGGCUAGCGUUCGUCCUAUUGAAGGAUAACGUCAUGGUACUCGCCCUGCGCGCCAUGAUAGUUCAAUUCGUCAUCCUCAUGGUCAUCGCUGCCUUUUGUUUCGGCGGCUUCUUGUAUGCCCUCUGGACACUAAGUAGAAAUCAGGCUGGGUACACAGCUGGGCAGAUCGCCUGGUGGAUGCUCGAUCUCUGGUUUGGUCUUGAUGCCAGUGGCUUCGACAACGCAUCAAAGUUCCAUCCCAUCUUUGGUCCGAUGAUGAUGGUUGCGUACGCAUGCCUGAGCAACACCCUUUUACUGACAAUCUUGGUUUCCAUCCUCUCGAAUACGUUUGCCACCAUCAAUGAUGAUGCCACCGCGGAGGCUAUGUUCCGUCGCGCCGUCCUGACCAUCGAGGGAGUCAAGGCAGACUCGCUUUUCUCAUACCAACCGCCUAUCAAUCUUAUCGCCCUCUGUGUCAUGCUUCCAGCGAGUUACAUCCUGACACCACGAUGGUUUCAUAAGGUCAACGUUUUCAUGAUCAGGCUCACGAGCUUCCCCAUCUUGCUCUUCAUUGCGUGGUACGAAAGACAGGCUAAGCAGACGGGGACAUUCACUUUCAGCGAGACCAUGUCCAAAGCGGCAGACAAAGUGUUCGACACAUUGCCUCGCUCCAUCAAGCGCAUGACGUUCUUCGAAGGCCUAAGUGGACCCGACGCAGAUAUUGACGCAAUCUUCGAAAUCGGAGACUUGUACGAGAACAGCGCACUCGACAUGGAAGACGCCGACCAGCUGUCCCCCACCAAUGUCCUCGAGCACCGGCGUCCCUCACAAGCUUCCCGGGCGUCCAGGCGGCGCGUCUCGCAGUCCCAUUCGCAAACCAGUACACCUCCGCGCUCUGCCUUGUCGCUCUCCGCGAAGAGCGAACGCCCCGCGAGCGGGCCCUCGUCCAUCCCGCUCCCGCGGCAUCGCCUCAACUCGCUCGUCACGCGCGGGCUCGACAACGUGCAGAGCGUCGCGAGCCCGCUCGCGCAGGUCUUCCAGCCGUUCGUCGUGGAAGACGAGAACGACCCGGAGCAGGAGGGCGGCGCGCUCGUGAGCUACGGGCCGGCGUCGAGGCGGCGGCUGUCGUCCAUGCAGCGGCGGCCGACCGGGAUGGGACACAUGGAUCCUUUCGGAGGGGGGCCGAUGGCGGGACUGGCUGGCAAUGGAAUGGGACUCGGCACAAGGCGGUCUCCUGGGGCGCCGUCACUGAUGAGUCCGAGCGCGAGGUUGGGGCUUACGGGGCAGACGUUGUCGUCGAGUCCGGAAACAAAGGAAAUCAGGAGUCCGAGCGAGAAUGGCAGAGACUCGAGGCAGGGGCUGAGUCAGCCUCAUGAGCCGCUCGAGACUGCGGAGGAGGAACAGGAGGAAGGAAGGUCUCUUGUGGAUAGGCGGCUGGAGGAUAUCGAGAAGAGGCAGCAGCAUAUUGAAGAGCUGUUGGAGCGGUUGGUGUCGAAGUCAGGGUAGAGCCGAGUGGUAGGCUCGGUCUCUGAAAGUUGCUUGUAUGGCAACGGACUGUUCUUGGAAGAUUGCACUGGACAUAGAAUUCACGCAUAUGCAUACGCUUGACUGACAGCCUUGGAUCGUUGCGUCUUAGU